AUGCCGCCGCCGUCGUCUGCUCCCUGCUCAGCAAGUUCUGUGAAAAAUGACGAUGAAUGUGAUGUACCAUAUUCUGAUGACUCAUUUCAAUCUCUCUCGGAUAAAGUGUGCAAUUUAAUAAUCACGCAAAAUAAGAUGAGUGAGCAAAUUAUGUUUUUACUCAGUGAAAAUGACAAGCUGAAGAACGGACUGAAACACCAGUCUGAAAUCAUUGGUGAUAUCGUUUUUGACAAGUCUACUAAUAACACGUAUGCUAGCAAACUAAAAUCACAGAAUUUAAAGAGAGGUGAAGGUAGUAUUCAAAAUCUAACUUCCUUAAAUUGUAAUCUUAUCGAUAAGGAUAUUCUUAAACCUAACCCUAGUAUGCUUGACAGUAAUGAAAAUGUCAACAACAACAACAACAACAACAACAACGUUGAACAGACAGCUAGUGACAAAUCUGUUGUUAGUGGUCAUAGAGUAAAAGAGUCGACUAUGACGAGCUCGUUGCUUCGAAACCCAGAAGGCCGACCGACUACAUCCAAGUCUGAAUCUGCAGCAGCGGAGUCAAAUAGGAGUGAGAUGGCAGCUGAAUCCGAUUCGUUCCAGACAGUCUCCUAUCGGAAGCGAAAUAUGCGUCGUGACUUUCAACAACAUCAACAGAAGAGUCAGAAUAAUGGAGGCCGUGGCGUUGGAAAUGUCAGUUACAGACAAAAUCAAAACAAUAACAAACCUAAAUUUAUUACUGGAAGUUCAAGUGCAGCUGAUGGCGAUAGGCUUAAAACUGCUGAAAAGAAGUCGUUCCUGUUUGUAUCUAGGCUAUCACCGGACACUGACUCUAAGGAUUUGGAAUCUUUCCUAUUAGAAAAAUUUAGCAAUGAAUCGUUUAAAGUAGAAUCACUAAAUUCUAAGUACCCGGAGGAAUACUGUUCAUUUAAAGUCACCAUUCCUUCCAGGAUUGACGAAGUAGUGUAUAAACCUGACUUCUGGCCGAAGGGAGUGUUUGUGAACAGGUUUGUUGUCAAGAAAUCUUUAAACUUACAGGACAAACGAGUUGUACCUCCAAUGUGA